AUGUAUAGGGAGAGUACCGACGCCUUUUCACGCAGGGGACUUCAUUCGUCGUACACCGCCUGUGGCCUGAGAACUCUUAAACGAAACAAGUGGAAGAACCGGAAGGAGGUACGUGGAGUUGGGUUUGGGAGAGAACGGGCGGGGCGGGGGGAGGUCGCAACUGGACAGCUGGACGUGCUGGAGAAGGCAGUGCGCAUCCUGCACCUGCGCUACCGCUCCUGCCUGCGGCCGCUCACCCCUCCGUUCACCUGUUCCUCCCCAACCCCACUCAACCCCAUGCCCCUUCCCCUCUUAACCUGCAUCCCUCUUACCUGUGUCACCCACACUCCUCUUCCCCCUCACCCCCACCCCACGCCCCCACCACUCCCCUCCCACGCCUACCCGCCCACACGAGCAGAGAACGGGCGGGGCGGGGGGAGGUCGCAACUGGACAGUGUGGAGCUGGACGUGCUGGAGAAGGCAGUGCGCAUCCUGCACCUGCGCUACCGCUCCUGCCUGCGCCCGCUCACCAAGGGGCGCCUGCCGUCCGUGACUGAGCUCAGGGAGCUGAGAGUGAGCGCUGAGGCGCUGGGCGUGCGGUCUGCUCUACUGUGCCUCGACAGAAUACCCAAGGGACGCCUACCCUCAGUGACUGAGCUCAGGGAGCUGAGAGUGAGCGCUGAGGCGCUGGGUGUGCGGUCGGCCCUGCUGUGCCUCGACAGAAUACCCAAGUCAUCUCCCGCUCUUGUACCCUCCUCUUUUCCACCCUCCACCCCCUCCCCCGUCCUCCCAGCCAUUCCCACCCUCCUUCACGCCACCCCUCAACUCCCCCCCUCCCACAGGGCGACCCCCGUCGCCUCGCCCUCUUUGCCUUCCGCACAUUCGCCCUGCGCGCCGAGCUGGACGCGGAGGCCCCUCCCUCCCUUCCCCACCGCUCCCCACCUUCCCCCACUCCUCCCCCACCCCCCCUCAGGGCGAUCCCCGCCGACUGGCUCCCUUUGCCUUCCGCACAUUCGCCCUGCGCGCCGAGCUGGACGCGGAGGCCCUGCUCUUGCCCCUAACACCCCCUUGCUCCCCCCAAGACCCCCCCCUCCUCUCCGCCCCCCUUCCCCAGGGCGACCCCCGUCAUCUCGCCCUCUUUGCCUUCCGCACAUUCGCCCUGCGCGCCGAGCUGGACGCGGAGGCCCCUCCCUCCCUUCCCCACCACUCCCCACCUUCCCCCACUCCUCCCCCACUCCUCCCCCACUCCUCCCCCACUCCUCCCCCACCCCCCCUCAGGGCGACCCCCGUCGCCUCGCCCUCUUUGCCUUCCGCACAUUCGCCCUGCGCGCCGAGCUGGACGCGGAGGCCCUGCGCGACCUAGAUGAGCCUCCCCCAGGCAACGCCUGGCCCGUCUCCUCCUACCGCGUCGGCACCCCGCGGCUCAGAGCCCUCCUAGAAGACAUGGUAGAGGAGGUGGAGAGUCUGUGGAACGCCACUAACAGGACUCUCUAUGAGGUUGCUAUAGUGCUCGCUCCGGUUCUGGCUCAAUACGCGUUGCUGGGGAAGGCGGUGGGGAUGGCUAUGGAGCAGUAUUAUGCUCGGCUGACUGUGAGGAAGCACGGGCGGGUGGUUAUGGCGGUGGGGGAUGAGAUUAUACUUUGGGACGAUGGGUUGGAAGAUGUUCGGGAGCUGUUUUUGGCUGAAAAGGCAGCGGAUGAGCAGCCGUUGGGGUCGGCUGUGAGAAUCGACAGCAUGAAUGAUUACUCGUGGUUUGUCUCUUGGAACGGGACUUCGGCGGUGGAUAAUAUCCCGAGUGAAGUUUCAGUGAAGAAACUGCUGCACUCGAUCGGGGCGCCGACGGCGCGGCUGGCGGGGUUGAGAGCGCGGGAUAAGGGGCUGCUGAUGGGUGUGACUGUACCGGAUGUGAGAAUAGAGGCGGAGAAACGGGUGCUGGCGCAGUUGCAAUGGGUGGUGGACGGUGGAGGGAAGCUGGAGAUUAAGGCCGCCCGGCCACAGCACCAGGGGAUUAGUGCGGGCGUGGGGGAGAGAGAGGUGAUUGGGAGGGGGAAAAGAGCGGCGGGAGGGGGAACAGGGGCGGCGGCAGGGGGUGGCAUGGACGAGCCUGAACCAGCCCACGAGAUCCCCUAUGAGGACCUCGUAGAAGCCACCAAGAACUGGUCGGACGACCUGCAGCUGGGGGAAGGGGGCUCCGCGCCGGCCCACGAGAUCCCCUAUGAGGAUCUCGUAGAGGCCACCAAGAACUGGUCGGACGACCUGCAGCUGGGGGAAGGGGGCUCUGCGGUUGUGUAUAAGGGCGUGUCACCAGAUGGGGAGCUGUGGGCGGUGAAGCGCGGGAAGAAGGGGGGGCUGACGCGGCUUCAGGAUUAUCAUAGAGAGGUGAGAGAAUGGGUGCUAAUGGGUGGGGCAGAGAUAAGGGAAGAUGAAUGCGGUUGUGUACAAGGGCGUGGAGCCGGAUGGGGAGCUGAGCUGUGGGCUGUGAAGCGAGGGAAGAAGGGGGGACUGACGCGGCUUCAGGAUUAUCAUAGAGAGAUCGAGGCAGUUUCCAAGAUGCUUCACCCGAACCUGGUGCGCCUGAUGGGGUUCUGCCAUGAGAACGAGGAGCAGGUGUUGGUGUACGAGUAUGUGGCCAAUGGCACGCUCAGACAACAUUUAUCCCCGUUACAAGGUGACACGGAGAAAGGGGUGCUGUCGUUUGAGCAACGGAUAGAGGCGGCGGUGGGGGUGGCAGAAGCACUGCUGUAUCUACACUCGUGCAAACCGGUGCUCGUGCAUCGAGACGUGAAGAGCCUGAACGUGUUCAUGGAUGAUGAUUUGCAGCCGAAACUCGGGGAUUACGGCAACCUCAAGUCGAUAGGCGACGACGAAAGCGCCACCACACACACACGCGUGGUGGGCACGCCCGGGUAUCUGGACCCGCAAUACUGCCAGACGAGCGUGGUGUCUGUAAGGAGGGUGUGGGGGGGGGGGGGGAAGAAAGAGUGGGGCACGCCCGGGUACCUGGACCCUCAGUACUGCCAGACGAGCGUGGUGUCUGUGUGGAGUGAUGUGUACAGUUUCGGAGUGGUCAUGCUAGAGCUCAUCACAGCCAAGCCUCCAGUGCUCAAGGAGGCACCUUUAGUACUCUCUCUUUCCUCACCCCCCAUUCUCUCUCCCCUUCCUCAUCCCCCCUUUGCCCCAUACCUCUCAGUUUCGGAGUGUUUCGGAGUGGUCAUGCUAGAGCUCAUCACAGCCAAGCCUCCAUUUCGGAGUGGUCAUGCUAGAGCUCAUCACAGCCAAGCCUCCAGUGCUCAAGGAGGCACCUUAAGUACUCUCUCUUUCCUCACCCCCCUUUCUCUCUCCCCUUCCUCAUCCCCCCUUUGCCCCAUACCUCUCAGUUUCGGAGUGGUCAUGCUAGAGCUCAUCACAGCCAAGCCGCCAGUGCUCAAGGAAGCUGACGAUUCGGGGGAGAGAAUGGCACUGGCGAAAUGGGCCACCCCUGCCAUCUGUGCCAACAAUCUAGCAGUCGUCGACCCCAAUGAGGUGACUUUUGAGUCAACUCAAAAGCCUAAUUCGUCCACUCUUUCCUCCGUUCCCCUCUUUCCCGUUCUCCCCGUUCUAUCUGAUCCUCUCCUCCCCUUCCCUAACAAGCAGGCCACCCCUGCCAUCUGUGCCGGCAACCUCGACGCCGUAGUCGACCCCAAUCUAGCCCAGGCCUUCCCGCAGCAGCCCAUGCAGGCAUUCGCCAGCCUGGCAGCCAUGUGUGUGCAACGGCAGCCCAAGGACAGACCCAGCAUGCAGGAGGUGGUGAGGCGGCUCAAGCCGGGUGACCUAGCAGGCACGUGUGUGCAGCGGCAGCCCAAGGACUUACAGAGCUCAGUCUUCCCUCUCCUCCUCGCCCCCUUCCUCGUCAGCAUCUGUCUCCUCCCCCCCACCCAUCAACACGCGCCCCAACCCAUCAAUGCAGCGAAUUCUUCCCCCCAAGCCUGGCAGCCGGGGCUCCUGGCGGGACAACCAGCACCUCACUCCGCCUAUGUCGCCGCUCCCUCCUCUAUCUCACUCACCCGCCUCUCUUCCCAUUCCUUCCCUUCAGCAUCAGUCUCCUCCCCGCCGCCCAUCAACACGCGCCCCAACCCAUCAAUGCAACGAAUUCUUCCCCCCAAGCCUGGCAGCCGGGGCUCCUGGCGAGACAACCAGCAUCUCACUCCGCCUAUGUCGCCCCUUCUACCCACCACCCCCGAACCCUCCUACUCUCCCCGCGCCGCUGCCGCUGGCGGUGGCGGCAGCGGCGGGAUGAAAGUGUUUAACAAAGAGUUUUGGCGGCCUAGGCGGGCCCCUGCGAGGAGCCUAAGGGGUGCGGGUGGGUCUGUGCCGGUGGCAGCACAGGCGGAGUCGAGCAGAGGGCGCAUGUAUGGGCUCGGGCGGAAGGGGAAGAUGGUGAGUGCUGCUGCUUUGAUUUCUGUGGGGGGGAAUCAAAAGGAGAUGGCUGCACUGGCGAAGCUGCAGCACACAAAUCUGGCAGCCAUACUGGGAUAUGCAGCGGACAAGGAGGACAUGCAAAUCGCCUAUGACCUCCCUCCCAACUGCACGUGCCUCGAGAACUACCUCUUUCCAG